AGGACUGUUGGUUGCUAAAACUUUUUCCAUUUGCAAAUGUCAAGAUAUUUCCCUGUUAGAAGCUCUUGGGAAAUUUAAACUUCUAUGAUUCUAUCAUAGCGUACUAUGCCACUGUAGAUUAUGCAUGUUGAGGUCCCAGUUCCUUCACCAAAGAAAGAUGAGGUCUUGCUAAAGCUGGAAGCAGCAAGCUUGAACCCCGUUGAUUGGAAAACUCAGAAAGGCAACCUUCGACCACUGUUUCCACCCCGAUUUCCAUUUAUACCAGUUACUGAUGUCGCUGGAGAGGUUAUUGAGGUGGGUUCUGCAGUCAAGAGCUUCAAAGCUGGAGACAAAGUUGUAUCCAUGCUUAUCUUUAUGAAAGGAGGCGGGCUUGCAGAAUAUGCAGUGGCCUCAUCAAGCCUAACAGUUCACAGGCCAGCAGAAGUAUCCCCAGCUGAAGGUGCAGGUCUGCCUAUAGCUGCUUCCACCGCACUCCAAGCACUGAAAUCCGCCGGAGCAAAGUUCGAUGGCUCCGCAAAGCCCCUCAAUAUCCUCAUCACCGCCGCCUCUGGCGGCGUAGGCCACUACGCCGUGCAGCUCGCCAAGCUUGCAAACCUCCAUGUGACUGCAACCUGCGGCGCUCGGAACAUAGACUUGGUGAAGAGCCUAGGUGCAGAUGAGGUUCUCGACUACAAGAGCCGAGAUGGCGAAAUCUUACGUAGUCCAUCAGGUAAGAAAUAUGAUGCUGUGAUACAGUGUUCGACCGGCGUCGAAUGGUCUGUGUUUGAGCCUAAUCUGAGUGAAAAUGGGAAGGUGGUGGUUGUCACUCCCAAUCCCAUGACCUUUGUGAAGUCUGCAAUGAAGAUGCUUACUUGUGCUAAGAAGAAGACUGUGCCAAUGGUGCUCAUGCCGAAGGAAGAGGAUCUGAAGUUUCUGGUUGGGCUGGUGAAAGAAGAAAAGUUGAAGACAGUGGUGGACUCUAGGCAUUUACUGAGCAAUGCAGAGGAUGGAUGGGCUAAAUGCAUGGAUGGCCAUGCUACAGGCAAGAUCAUUAUAGAGAUGUGAGGUGGGUGUGUGUAUUUGUUCAAAUGGUUGCUGUAAAUAUUUGAUAUUUGUGAGAACUUUAUGUGGAUUUCUUGCAUGAAAUGAUCAAA